AUGGCUGCCCGGCAAAUUGAUACCAGUUUCAAAACUCGAUUAGCACUUCAACUGCUAGAAGUGCUAUCAUCAUCGUCAUCUAGUAGUGAUGAAGAUGAAUUUUGGAACGAAAAAACACGGAAAAUUCCAAAAAUCGAAAACUUUGUUGACGUGGUACAUAAUCUUACAGAUAAAGAGGUCAGCACUGCUAACAAUAGUUUGGAUAAAAAACCAUUAAAUGAUCCUAAGACUGAAGAGAUCAAAGAAGAAUAUAUAUAUCGGGAUGGUUACGAGCGAGCUAGUAAACGUAAAGCGAAUACUCUUAUCGCUAAUUUAACUAAAGACAGUUCUUCCGAGGACGAAGAUGGCAGACGAUUAUGUGCUCGUAGAAAAAAGAGAACUCAGUCGAAUGAUAAAUCAAAUAAUGUAGAAUGUGCUGAGAAUCAGUACGUACAUGCCAAUCAUAAGAAAGCAACGUCAAACAUGAUCGUAGGUCAUUCUUUGAGUGAUAAUAACGACAUGGAUAUCGACAAUGAGCGCGAUAAAUAUUUAUGCUCUAAAAAAAGAACUGAUGAAAAGGAUGAAAAAGUAUCGUCUGAAUAUCCUAGAAGAAUAAUACCUCCCAAUUCUAAGAUGCGUUUAAGUCUGGCUAGACAAAGAAGAGGAAACACUACAUCAAAACCGUCUCCAAAGACGCGCAAGGAAAAUAAAGCUGUUGAGCAGGCAAGAAAUCAAAAGAAAGAUAAUACAGUGACGGAUGAAGAAAUUCGUAGGACACUGGAAGAAGACUGGAAUGAUGACGAGGAAGAGGUUACUGUGGAAAAGGAUGUGAAGAUUCAGCCACUGCCGCUAACGAAAGAAAUACAACUUAGAUUACGAGGGAAACGAUUAUUUAGUAAAACAGCGCAGGAAACGUGGGAAGUGACGAACAAGGAGGAAAGCGAUGAGGAGCGGAAUAAGAAAAAAAAAUUGAAACUUUGCGGACAGAAGGAAGAAGAAUCGUGCAGAAUAGAGAAUAAAAACGGAAGUUUGGUACAUCAACUAUUGUCCGAUGAUGAGGACAAGUCAUCUAAGAUGAAUCAACAGUUUGAUGUACAGAAUGGUAAUCGGUCUGAUAAUGUACCUACUUCGACAAACAAUGUAAGCUGUCCUAUAUGCAAUAAAUUGUUUCCACAUAACAAGAUAGAGGACCAUGCCGCCAAUUGCGAACAAUUUGAGACAAAUAAUGAAGAGAGUGGUAAUAACACGAAUCAAUUAGACUGUAAUAUAUGCAGCAACUACAAGACAAAUAAUGGAAUGGAAUAUGAAGAACAUAUUCAGCAGUGUAUAAGUAAUAAAAAUAAUGAAAGGCACUCACAUGGAUCUGAAGAUACCAAUACCACUUCCACCUCAUCCUUUCGCCAUUUUAAACCGAUCAGUGAACAGAAAGAUUCUGAAAUAGAUUAUUUAGGUCAGUUUUCAUCUAAUAACAAAAAGAAUAUACAUACUGGUAGGAAAAAAAAACGUUGAUUAAUUUUACAUUCUUAUAAGAACUUCAAAUAUAUAAUAGUGUUUGUUUCAUUUGAAGAAAGGUUUUUUCCUAAAAAUUACAAAUUGCACAAAUGUUAUUGCAUAGAACUGAUACAUGUUUAUUUUGCAUUUGUUUAACAAUUAUUAGUAUUAUAUUCAAUAACAUAUUUACAGAUAUCUCAUGAUUUGCAAUUUUAAUGAUAGAAUCUCCAAGCAAUUUGAUAAUGUAAUGUUGAUAAUACCAAGGGAAGCCAAUAUUUGUCGCAAUUUUUCGAUAUUGUACAUCUUCGUACAUUAAAGCAACAUAAGAUUCUGUCAAAAUAAAAUUUUAUGUGCUCGAAAUAAACUGAAAAAUGAUUUUAAUUUUUAAGGCUCUCGGUUUUUAUUAAUUUUUUUUGCACUUGUGUAACACAGAAAUUAAAUGCUUAUUUAUAUGUAUUUCCGUUAACGAAUAAUCUUUGAAAUUUAUCAGAGAUCAAAAUUGAUUGCAAAUUGUGAGACACCCUAUGUAUUUAUUUCAUAACAUAUUUUUUUGUACAGCCUCUUGAAGAACUAAAUAUUCUGAAUCCUCAGGAUAAAUAUAUAAGUAUCUAUUAUAGUCUUUUUUUUUUGCUUUACGUUUUCAUAUUUAAUAACAAUAAAGAAAUUACAAUUUGGCAAUAUAUUGCAUUAUUAAGAUUAUAAAGAUUACAUGUGAAGCAAUAAAGUAUCCUGCUUGUUUCGAUCGGUAAAAAUAAAAUUAGAAGGUAUUAAAUAAAAUGCCAUAUAUAUAUUUCAAAAUCAUUCCAUUUGUACACUUAUAAAAUGAGACUUUACAAUAUAUACGCAAUGUACGGGUUAUAUAACGAUCGACGAGUAGAUAUUGUUUUCCUAAAUCACAGAGCCGUUUUAUCAAAAAAUUUUAUAUAUAUUUUAGGUGAUAUAUACGGUGAGCGAGAGAGAGAGAGAUAUCUGUAAAUUUACAUAUAUAUGAACCCAGGCAGCAAGCUGACGGUAUUUGUCGCCAUUUUAACGUCAAAAUGUCGUUGAAGACAAAAAAAUAACGUCAGCUUGCUAUCUGAGAAGUCUCAACACGCGCUAAAUUGUAAAUCAGCAUAAAAUAUUUUUAUACCAAUAGAAUCUGUUGUUUAUAAAUAAAACGUAUAAAAUUAUGAUUAACUCGGGAGUUUUCAUUAACCCUAUGCCAAACGAAGAGAUAAAUAACGAUAAAACUCGUGCAAUCAGCAACAUGAAAAAAUAUCGAGAAAACAUCGAGCUUCACAAUAUAUAGUGUUAUUCAAAUGAUAAUUUCAUGCUAUCUGAAGAUUUAUAUACAAAAAGAUGAUAUAAAGUGAAUUUUACGCGUAUAUCAUAUUUUUUCUCUUAAUAUCAAGGUUAUGGGUUGAUAAAUCUAGCCUUAAUCUAAGAUUAUAAUCAAUCUGACGAAAAAGCA